GUUGGGGGUCUGUUACCGGAGGGGGUGGGUGAGGUUCUGGGGCCUGCAAUGUGCAGGAGGUCAGACUAGGGGAUCGUGAUGGUCUCUUCUGACCUGCACGUCUCUGAGACUGUCUAGCUUCUGCUUGGCUGUGCCUGGCUCCACUCGGUGCAUUUGAUCUCUCGCUUUCACCGGCACUAAAUUCCUCAGCUGGAUUCCGGGCUCAACUCUAGUGAAAGGAUCCAGUUAUUUCCGAGCUUUCAGCAUCUCCAUUUGCUGCCCAUAUUUUCAGUGCUAGUGUCUGCGCCGGCUGGAAUUCUGAGUGAUUAACGUGGCUGUGACAUGCCUCCUAGGGGUGUUAUCUUCGCGCUGUCCCCCACCCCCCUUCCUCCUCCAGCAGAGAGCAAGCGAGCGCCAGACAGGCAGACGAGACAAAGGUCUGUCCCCAACCCGGCUAUCCCCUGCCUGUGGUUUCCCUGCUUGUGUGUUUUCUUAGGCUCCUGGUUAACGUCUGAGCUGCCGUGGAGCUGCGAGGCUUUGGCCUGUCCUGCUCAGGUGCCAUGUCUGACGUACUGGUGGGAUUGUGAGUGUGCAGCCGUUGCUGCAACGGCUGGAGCGAUGCUGCUUGGGGUCCGUCUGCUGCUGCCCUGCAGUCCAGCCUAGCCCAUGGAGGGUGCCUUGGAGCAGUGCUGCUGAACAGGCCCGAGAGCCAGCCAGGCCCCUGCGGUGAUUUGGAGGCAGAUCCCGACGCCCGUGAUGGUGGGAGCCAUUCCUCGGCAGCCGCGCCGCUUCUGGGGGGCGCCUGGAUGGCAGGUGUCUCCAGCUAGCUGUGCCAAGGACCGUCUGCUGCUGGGGCAGAACAGCUGCUCGGCGAGGGGUGGGUGAUGCGGCGCUGCAGUGCACUCCGUAGCGGAGGGCUUGUCUGGAGGGAAGGGGUCUGACACACCACCCCCUUUCCUCAGCCCUGUGACCUCGUGACACCGUACACCCCUUCCCUGCCGCUUUAUGGGCUGUUUCGUCUUUGGCUCUGGUUGGGGUCCAGCCCGCUAAGGCUCCAUGCGACACAUCCAUGCUGAGGCGUCCCUCCCCCAGGAGCAUGGCACGGACUCAGGCCUGUCCCGGCCAGGCAGCCAGGUGGCCUUGGAGCCCGCCCCAGAGCACUGCCCCCGCCGCAGCAUCGUGAUGGGCUACAACAAGACAGAGAUCAAGCGCCAGAAGGUUUACCAGGUCUCCAUCUUCUCCCACCUUUCCAGCUCCUCUGAGCCGGCAGUCCAGAGAGCUGAGGGUGGGCGGCAGGCCAUCAAGAGAGGGUACCUAGAGCAGUGGGCUCCGGAGGCUGGGCGGGAUCCCAAGCGAACACACUGGGGAAGCCCAGGGGCUGAGGCCAGGCAGGACGGGGUCCCUGGGGAGCUACACCCUGGCCAGGACUCCCCAGACGAUGACGCCGUGGAGGACGGGCUGCUGGUGGAGGAGCUGUCCCUUUGCGGCUCAGCCCAGCACUUCUCCCACAGCGGCCUGCGAGUGGUGGAGCACCGAUGUGAAGGCAGCCCUGGCCGGGCAGGGGCCCGGGAGGGCAGCCCCAGGGCCUGCAGAGAGGACAGAUCGUGGGAGGCUGCCUCCUCUUGGCCACAGCACACAGCUUGCAGCACUUUGCACAUGAGAGACAGUUCACCUGCCCAGCUUGAGGAUGGCCCCUUGGCGAGUCCCAGAGCCUGUGGCUCAGUGGGGGGCAGGGAGCUCCCCCGGCUGGCUGGAGCCAGGGAGCAGCCUGCGGAGGGGAACGGGCCCCAGAGGGAGGAAAGGGCUAGCAGCCAAAAUAUACUUGACAUUGAUUUGCACAAUAUUGCACAAAAAUCCUGGACAGCCUCGGGUGGGAGGGGGGAGGAGCAGCCAGGGGGCAGCCCCGCCCACAGCAACGGGGCUGGUAGAGAAGAGGAGCAGCUGACUGGGCACAAGGAGCCCAGCACCCCACGGAUGGCCCCGGACUCCGAGAGCAAUGGCCUGGGCUCGCUGGAGAAGACGCCCUGUGUGGGCAGCAGGCUCCUCGGGGCCAGCGGGGGCAACUGCGCGGCUAAGAGGAAGCUGCUGCCCUCGGGCGAAGGCGUGGCAGACUCAUGUUCAGAAGAUGAGAGCGUGGUGCCCGUGAGGAAGAAGAGGCCCCCCCUGUGCCACCCCAUCCUGACCGCCUGCCGCAGCACCGAUGCCAAGGGUGCCCCCUUCUGGAACCACCUGCUUCCAGGAGCCAAGAGUUCAGCAGGUGGCACUGCGGUGGGGCGAAGGCUAAAGAGUGGGCUGCGCCUGAAAUCGAGACAUCUCCGCAGCAGCCUCCGGAAGGGGCCUGUGCGCACCCGGCCCUCUGCAGCUGCCUGGGCCACCACCUCCUUCAGCCAUGCUCUGCUGGGCAACUUUGAGGAGUCCAUCCUGAAGGGGCGCUUCGCCCCGUCAGGCAGGAUUGAAGGGUUCACUGCGGAGAUCGGGGCCAGCGGCUCGUACUGCCCCCAACACGCCACCUUACCCGUCGAUGUGACCUAUUUCGACAUCUCGGAACACAGUGCGCCCUCACCUUUCCUGGGAGUGAUAGACUUGGAGGCCUUGGGAAAGAAGGGGUACAGUGUCCCCAAAGCUGGAACCAUCCAAGUGACCUUAUUUAACCCUAACAAAACUGUGGUGAAGAUGUUCCUGGUGACGUACGAUUUCCAGGACAUGCCGGCCAACCACAUGACCUUUCUGCGUCAUCGCAUCUUCCUGGUGCCUGUGGGCGAGGAGGGGCCCGGCGAGACACCCAGCGACCCAGCCUGUGCCAGCCCGCCCAGGAGGGUCCUCUGCUACCUGAUGCACCUGAGGUUUCACAGCUCCAAGUCGGGGAAGAUCUACCUUCAUGACGACAUCCGCCUGCUCUUCUCCCGCAAGUCGAUCGAGGUCGACUCGGGGAUCCCCUACGAACUGAAAUCCUUCACAGAGAUGCCAAGGAACCCCUGCUACUCACCCCGGGGCUGAGCACGGGGAGCCCCAUGCCCCCCUCUCCACCCUCACCCCUGCACUUCGUAAACAAGUAAAGGGCAAGAGAGCGGAGCUGUCUCCUCCCCCAGAGGUAUUGGCCCCCACCAAGCUGUGGGGUGGUGAGGCACAGACAUACCCCUCCCUUGACAGCAGCUUCGCGCCUGUGCCAGAGAGUGAGCAUGGCAGGCGUAGCGGGGAUGGGAUCAUGGAGAUGGCUGCAUGGUGUGAGCAGGAGCUGGCAUGCUGGCUCCUGUGCUCCCAUCGAGUCAGAGACGCUCCUAGGCCUCUGGCUGCACAGCUCCAGGCCAUGCCCUUCAAGGGAGGCUCGGGGGCCCCCGGCUUGUGGCACUCGGCUCGGACGGAGCUGAGCUGGCUCCCUGGCUGUGGGGAGGGAUGGAGCAGAUGGCAGCUCUCGGAGGGGGAGGUACUGUAUUUAUUAGUAUUUAUUGUUGGUGGGGAGCCAGGAUGGAGAGUCCACGAUGUGGCUCGUAACCCAGCCUUGAUCACAAGUGCAGUGAAUCCGAUGGGCUCCGCUCUUGGUGCCCUUUGCAUGUUGCACGACCAGCUGCGCAGCCCAGCACGACAGCAGGAGCUGAGCAAGAGACGUGCAGGACUGGACUGGCAGGGGAGACUGAGUCAGGAUUGAGGGGUAUCAACAGAACUGGUUGGUGGGACUGGGGCUGUAGGUUGGGAUUGAGGGGCACUGGCAGGGCAGUGGGGAGCCCAGGGCUGCAGGUUGGGAAUGAGGGGCACUGGCAG